AACUGUGCACAUGGAUAUUCUGUUCUUCAAUAAAACAGUAGUUUAGUUUUUUGUUGUCAUAGGCUGUGAAAAGUUUUAGUGAAAGUUUAAGAAUUUCACGCUUAACUGGAAACUACCAAAUAAACCAAAAUAUUUAUAGACAAAAUUGUGCAUUUGCUAUUAGUUAAAUAUAUUUUUUUGCCUCCAUUUACAUACAUUUACCAGGCGCAUUUUUCGUGCUGGCAAUGUAAUCACACCGAGCUGAAGACAAGUGCCAGUGACCUAGAUUUUGGGAGUCCUGCGCUUGGGUAGAGUAACGACACCACCACCGCCACCGCAAUCCUGCUCCGUGCCCGUUAAUCCUUCCAGCUGCAGCAACAAAGUAAAGGUCACAAAUCGCGAGGCAAAUAUGAUUAAUCCGCAUCCGUAAUCUUACGUCCAAAUCCGAUCAAAAAUCAUUCACAGCAUUUAAAACUUGUUGUAGGCCUUUUUUGGGUUAGCGGAGUCAGAGAUCACAACGAGCUUAGUGUACCCCUCAACAAAUAUAUGACUGGGUGACCAGGAUCUGACAUGCGUAACAACAGUGGCUAUAAUAUCCCAGCCAGCAACAGUCUGAACAACAAUGGAGGCGCCGCGCCACGUUACUGCAAUGCGGACAAUACGUUUUGCUACUACAGCUACGAUAACUGCAACCUGAUCGCUCCAGCGUGGUGCAAUCGCCAGAACCAGAAUCAAAAUCCAGUGCCCAACCAGAACCACAAUCUGCCGACAAAGAGAAUUCCCACCAAGCAUGCGAACAGAUCGAGCUACCUUCAAUCGGCGGCCAAUUCGGCGCCGGAUUCAUCACUGUUUACCGAUGCAUUUGGCCAGCACUCGCUGGUCAGCCAGCGGAUAGCUGGCAACAAGAGCUGCGAGUACGUCUAUCAGACGGUUCAGCGAUCAGAGGAUCUGCAUGCCAAUGCGCAGUACAAGCAGGCAAGGUGCUAUGGCGCUGACAAGGAGCAACAGCAGAUGUUGCUGCAGCCACCCAUCGGGUACUUCGAUCCGGAGCUAAAGAAACGGAAAGCAAGAGGGGGACGUGUGUCCACCGAUUAUGUGGACAAUAGUCCGGACCGAUAUCGGCCAGUCAAUUCCCCUGCACCAGAGCCGUCUUGGGAUAACAUACUCUCGGAACGCCCGGUCCAGUAUCAGACGACGAACCAGCACUAUCAGCACUAUUUUUCGUACUUUUACAACCGUGGAGCGGAUAAACAGUCCAAGCCAACGUUUGCCGCUGCCAAUAGCCGCAAACUGCCAAUGAGUAAAAUCCAAAGGGCCGGCGCCAGUCGCAGGGAUUCGCGAGAUGUCGAUGACACGGUUACUAUUGGGCGACGGAACAAUUCCGAGGACAGGAGCUGGCAGGGUCAAAAGUAUGAGAAGCACGUGCUAAAGGAGAAGCUGCCAAGCAAUGAUCUGGAAGCCGAUUACCUGGACAAUGGCUGGGGAGACCCUGAAAGCGGAGAGGACUACAGGGAUAUUAAAGAUGGCUAUGACCCUGUGGUUGUCAUUGACAAUGGGCUGGAGCAGGUUGGAGUACAUCGGCGUUACUGCAGAAUGACCGAAAAUACGAUCCUGGAUAACUCCGGAGACACCCUUAUUAACAACAACAAUAAUGAAUUGAAGGUUAUGCGUAAGUCGACGGAGCAGCCCGUGCCACGGUUGCCCAUGACGCCCAAGAGGGCCAAAGGUGGGGCCGCGUCUUCCAAAAAGCCAAUGCCCACGGUCCACCGAGUCCUGCUGUACAGCACACAGAGUCCACGGCUGGGCCGGAAGCAGCAGUUCAGCACCCAGCGGCUGAGUGCGAAGCAGCAGAGCGCCAAGGCACUGGGUGCAGGUGACGAGGGACAGACGGUCAUAUUGCUGGAGCCGGAACACAAACAGGAAGACCACCGCAGUGCCAUUGACUUCGAUCGUAAUGACGACUUCGACGAAGAUGAUGAUCUCGAUAAUCUUUCGAAUUUCGACGAAAGCGACACGGCGAGUGUUCUGUCAGACACUGAGGACGGUUAUCGCGCCCAUGCCUACAAGCUCACCCACUCUGUGGAUCGAUUUUUAUCGCCUCAAAGUACGCCCAGCUUUUUGUCAUCACAGUCUUCUGAGGAUGAUCUGAAAAAUCCGGAUUCCCUCCUGGUUCCCAGUUUGUUUCCCUACGUGCCCCCUUAUUUGUCCUUUUCGUCAAACACAAAACGAGGUCCUCGCGUGCCGCCGGAUCUACAUCGGGUUCUGAAGUGGCGCAUUACAAACAUAAUGCCCAAGGUAGUUCGUCUGAUCCUGGCCAACAGUGGAAUGCGAAUGCUUAAAAAAACCAACGACUGGAUGGGCGUAUGGGGAAAGCAUUUAAAAUCACCGUGUUUUAAGGCCAUUCGAUCGUAUCAGAAAAUCAAUCACUUGCCCGGUUCAUUUCGCAUCGGUCGAAAGGAUUCGUGCUGGAAAAAUCUGCAAAGGCAGAUGGGUAAGCACAGCAACAAGGAAUUCGGAUUCAUGCCACGCACAUACAUUAUCCCCAAUGAUCUGGGCGCCCUGCGCAGGCACUGGCCGAAGUAUGCCCAGCGAAAUACUAAGUGGAUAAUAAAGCCACCAGCCAGUGCUCGGGGUGCUGGCAUCCGGGUCAUUAACCGGUGGGGGCAGAUACCCAAGAGAAGGCCCCUUAUUGUACAAAAGUAUAUAGAACGACCGCUUCUUAUAAAUGGUAGUAAAUUUGACUUGCGUUUGUAUGUCUUGGUCACAUCAGUGAAUCCCUUGCGAGUAUUCAUGUACCACAACGGAUUGGCACGAUUUGCGUCAGUAAAGUACAGCGCUAAGGCGGAUACUUUGAAUGAUCGGUGUAUGCAUUUGACCAACUACAGCAUCAAUAAGUUUUCAUCGAACUAUUCGAAGAACGAAGAUGUUAAUGCCUGCCACGGACACAAGUGGACUAUCAAGUCUUUGUGGACGUAUUUGGCCAAUCGGGGAGUGCGUACCGACUGCCUAUGGGAGGCUCUCAGAAGUUUAGUCCUACGUACGAUUCUCGCUGGCGAGAAUGGCAUUAAUAGCAUGAUUAGAGCAAAUGUUGAAUCAAAGUACAGCUGCUUUGAGCUAUUCGGCUUCGAUGUUAUUUUGGACUCUGACCUGGUUCCUUGGCUUUUGGAAGUUAAUAUUUCUCCCAGUUUACACUCGGAAUUGCCUCUAGAUGCUCAUGUCAAAGCGCCUUUAGUGCAGGGCGUUCUUAAUACAGCACUGUACAACGUACCUCCAAAACUAUCGCUCGAUAAACAAAAAGAACUGGCAGCAGAAUUUUCCUUUCCUCCCGGCACACAAAUGUGCUACGACAAACGGCUUUACAUCAACUACUUGUCUCGCGAGGAAAAGAUCAAACAUAACACAUUUACCCGAAAAUCUAUGGAAGAUCGGAAUGAGUAUGUCAAUGCGAUCCUGAAUAAUCUGACCCCCGAUGAUGUGAGGUGCCUUAUAAUAGCCGAGGAUGAACUGGCGCGAUGUGCACCCCUGGAGCGCAUCUUUCCAACUGAUCAAACCCAUAAGUACCUUAAAUAUAACGACACUCCGCGGUAUUACAAUCGCCUUUUGGAUGCCUGGGAAUCGCGCUACGCUAACAAUCGCACAGAAGGGAUUGCGUUGUUGCGCGAUUAUUGUCAAAACAAAUAUCAUCUUCAAGUCCCAACACCUCCAGCCAAAAAGUAUAUUGAAGGUGAUCACACUGCAUAUUCCUUACACCUGUGUCCAGAACAAGACUUUCUUUCAACGUCAGGAUUACUUCAUCAAGUUUAUGAGAUGGAUUUUAAAGUGACAGUCGCUGCCAUCGUAUUAUUGGUAGUCAUUAUUGUUAUUAUUAGUGCAAUUACCUUAGUCUUAAUAACACAUGUAUAUAUUUGAUAUUUACUAUUUACUAUUAAUAAAUUCAGAUGUAUUUGUAAAUAGGCUAUUCAAAUACUUAAAUCAAAAUGUACUCUGUUGGGACAUUACCAAAAUUGCAUAAUUCGUAACUAAAUUGUGAUCUUUUUUUUAUAAUAGAUUGGAAUAGUGUUAUUGCUAAUACUGAAGUUAAUAUAUAAUUCUUAGUAAUCAGUAAAUAUGUUGUUAUUGAUUAAUUAUAGUAAACUGCCAAUUAUUUAAAUCAACAAUAAAUGAGGUGUUUACAAAGUCGAAUAUUAAUAAAGCCCAGUGAAAUCGCGGUUUACGUUAUAAAGAAA